AUCUAUGGUAUUAUCAAUUUCUAGAUCCAUUUAGUGAAUCCUCGGGACAAAAUAAUCGAACUUGGUAACAUUCUUCCUAUGAAAGUGGUGGUAAAGAAGAUCCCGGUGGUGAACAAAGGCUUGGCACCGGUCAAAGUCAAAUUCGGGAUGAUGCACUACCUGGGCGGCUACGACGAAUACUACGAAACUCUGGGCUACUGUAACGUAAAGCGAGAAACCCCUGUUCUAGCCAAAGCGUCCAUCAUGGAGACCAAGCGUUCCUGGACCAUCGAUAGCGUGUUUGACACCGUAGAGCCGAAACUUUACGAAGUAUUGAAGAUCAAGCCGGUGACCAAUGUUAUUCUGAAACCGGAUAAGACGGUUAACGUGAUGAUCUUCUUCAAGCCCACGGCCAGGGUGAGGCCGUUCGCGAUUAAAAUCGCUCUUCAAACAAAUUCGAUCAUCCUACCGUUGUUCCUGGUUCGUGGAAGCUGCGUAGGGACGGAAUUUCUCUUAAACAGAAGACAUAUUUUUUUCGGCACCGUGAUUCAGGAUUGUAUCGAAGAAUCUAAGGUGAUUCUAAUGAACAUCGGAGAUCUGGGAUCAAGAUUCAAGUGGAACACAACGAAAUUGCCGAAAGAUUUCCAAAUCAUCCCUAUGUCCGGUUACUGCUCGGUCGACACGCAUAUCGUUUUCGUGGUGAAGUUCCAACCUUUCGAGCAAAAAAACAUAAUCGAGGGUGAGGCAUUUUUAGAAAUCGAAAAACACAAAUCUCUGAACAUUAAAGUUUCCGGAGCGUGUUGCAAAUUGCCAGAUCCCAUAGACACGAUCGAUUUCGAAUCGUUUGUAAGAGAAAAGCAAACCCGAUCUGUCAUCAUAAUGAACGACUCGAACGCCCCCUGGAAAUUGAAGGUCGAAACAACCGGCGAUUAUUUCUCCACUGAUCCAUUCCUGCAAGUCCCUCCUUUGCAAUUGGCUCCUUGUGUCGUCACUUAUGCACCCAUUUUCAUGAACACCGAGAACACGCUGCACACGGGAUCAUUGGUAUUGAAGUGUCCGGAAGAAAACGUGUAUUUGAUAUACAUCCUUCGUGGAAAAAGCUUGCCUCCCCAAGUUUCAGAGAAUAUUGUUCGUCGAAUCCCCGCUAAAAUGAAAUACACCGAACUUUUGCCCGUACACAAUUGGUUGGACAGACAGCAGAGAUUUUAUUGUAAGAUCGAAUACCUGAAAGAUUAUAAUCACGAUGAUCAUCAUCAUAAGGUUCCUAUAUAUAGUUUCGUAGGGAACGAGAAAUUCGACGUUCCAGCGAACAGUCAACGAGACUAUCACGCCGUGUUUCAUUGCUACGAGAAGUGGAACUUUCAUUUCAAGGUAACGUUUACCACCGAGGAGCAAGAAUAUCAAUUCUACGAGAUAGAGUACGAGGUAACGGAGCCGGAAGUGAUCACAUCCAUUAAAUUGACGACAACGGUUCGAUCCGAGAUUUGUUACCCCUUGAAAUACGAAAAUCCUCUGGAACAUAUGAUUCUACUUACAGCAGAUUGUCCCAAUCCAUUUAUUACCGUCAAAGUGCCAAGAGUAAUGCCGCCGUACUCGUACGAAUAUUUCUCUAUUUUCUUUAAUCCUCUGCUGCCGUGCGAAGAGUCUGUCAUUAUGAAUAUCUAUUCCACUCGUAUGGGCUUGUUCCCGUACGAACUGCAAUUGAAAGGUGUUAAAGCACCCCCGGAGAACGUCACACGUGUUAACGCUUAUUUGGGAAAUAUUACCGAGUUUUCGCUCAUUCUGAAAAACUUAACCUCAGAGAUUGCCCAAUUUGUAAUACAAGUGGAUAACAAUUGUUUCACGUGUCCCGAAAUUGUCAACGUUUACGAAAAAGACGUGUACACACUCAAGGUAAUUUUCGAGCCGUACGACGUUGAAAAUGUGUCCGCCACGUUGACAGCGUCCUCGAUCACUGCUGGAGAAUUCGUAUUCCCGUUGAUCGGUUCGUGUUCCUUGCCAAAGCCAAUGGGUCCUUACAUAAUCACUCGAACCUCUUUUGCUUCUAUUACUUUCAAAAAUAUCUUCAGAAAAACAAAGACCUUCAAUUUUAUCGUCGACGAUCCUGACAAUUUCACGGUGAACAUUUCAUCGAUCACUUUGAAUUCCAAACAGAGUACCGUUGUUAACGUGAAUAUUAAGGAGACCGAGCAGAACGAGGAAGAAAAAAUUCAAGAAGAAAAGUAUCCUGUCACUGGAAAAUUAAUAGUGUAUUGCACUGACCCGGAAUUUUCUCACAUCAAUUGGGUGUAUUAUUUGAGAGGAAUAUUCGAAUGAUGUACAAUUUGCGUCCGAAAAAUAUUGUAAUUAUAAGCCGAAUAAAAAUUCUAUAUACAUACAAAUAAAUAUGAUAGAAAAAAAUUCUGUGAUUAUAUUUAGCAAUGAAAGCUUUGGUGAA